GACAGUUUAGGUGACCGGUAUACGUUUGGUGACCAAGACAGUUUAGGCGACCAAGACAGUUUAGGAGACCGAUAUAUUUUUGGUGACCGAGGAAGGUUUGGUGACCAAGACAGUUUAGGUGACCGGUAUACUUUUGGUGACCAAGACAGUUUAGGUGACCAAGACAGUUUAGGAGACCGAUAUAUUUUUGGUGAC